GGUAAUUUAGGGUUAUCAAAUAUUCUUUAUAUUAUCUUUCCGCAACAAGAUGGUUUGAGAACAUUCAAGUUUAUCCAUGUUUCCAUCUAUGUCCGCAUAACAAUAAGUUUUCGCUAAAAAAGUUAACUUUAUAAUAUCUAUCAAAUGUUUUUAUGAGAGAAUGCUUUUGAAACAUCCACUGAUAUUAAAACAUUUUGAUGAAAAAAUUGCAAGGCUUAUAGUUAAGUUAUGUAACUAUGUAACACGGUUUAUAGUUAUAGUUAUGUUAUGAGCUUAACUUUUUUAAUUUAAUUACAUGAAUCAUUUUAAUUUUUCUAUAUGAAAAAUUAUCUGUUUAGUUUAGAGCAUAAUGUCUAGUCUUAAAAAGAGUAUUGUAAAAAAAAAUUGACAAUAAUUUUUCUGUGUGCAGUGUGUGUGGUGAGAAAAUAUCGUGCAAAGGAGGAAGUACAUCUGCAAUGCAGAAUCACCUAAAAUUGCGUCAUCCUUCUAAUCUGGUUGUUGCUGGAAGAUCUGGUGCAGGUUCGUCAACAAGUGCUAGUAAUACCUUAAUAAGUAGGUAUUUUGACACAACAACUGUGGUUAUGAAUAGUGCCAAAAAAAAGGAGUACCGCAACAAGUUGGCAAUGAUGUGCGUUCAGGAUCUACGUCCUAUCAAUUUUGUCUUAGGGAGAGGAUUCCGUGCAGUGGCACAAUUUUUGUAUCCAGGAGCUCCACCAAUAGGAUACACAUCAAUUAUCUCACGAAUAUCUUUGCAAUUUGAGGCAAGAAAGUCUGCCAUUUUUGCAGAAGUUCAGGCAAUUAUGGGACAACUAAACAUAUAUCCUUGUCUCACAACAGAUGGCUGGACAUCGAAUUCCAAUGAAAUCUUCAUAGCUAUUUCAAUUCAUUUAUUUGACAAGAACUGGAACCUUGUCAGUUAUGUUAUCAAUUUGAUUCACUCCCAGGAGCGUCACACGAGCGUCAACCUACAGACAAGUUUGGAGGCUGCAAUGGGUGCCUGGCAUAUUCCUGAAGCUUUCGCAGUGGUGUCAGACAAUGCCGCAAAUAUUGUGCUGGCACUAACUUCAAGCAAACGUGUGCAGCAUAUGGUACAGUGUGUCGGGCAUACAAGUCAAUUGGCCAUUAAUGACAGCAUCAAUGCUUUGUCUUGAAAAUGUACAGUUUAACAUUAGUUUUUUAAAAAUUAGUUUGAAACGCUACGUUCAUUAAAAUUUAGAAGAUCCUUUAUUCAGAAAGCGUCACUAAUUUACCGAAAAGUCGGUUAACCGCAAAUUGAUGGGAACUGUUAUCGGGUUUUUGAAACAGAUAACCGGCAAAAUCACUAGUUUACACAUUUGCUUUUUGAUUUGAUUUUACUCAUUUGGUCUCUAGGUAGAGCAUGUUUUAU